GACUCAGAGAAGGGUUUCGAGGGCGCCAUCUCUGCCCUCUGGCGGACGGGAGCCCUCAGGAGAAGACGCGGUCCUAGCACGAACUUUGUUGUGAGCGCGGGCGCCGCAGACACGGGACGAUCUCGCCGCAGGCACGGAACGAUCUCGGAUCAACAGCCGCGGGCGGCCACAGAUCAGGAUGAAGCUGGCCUCCAUCGUACCCAAAUGGUCACCUGUGCACAAGCUGAGCCGCCGACUGCGCCCUCUACCUGACCUUGACCCGGUCGAGGCCGGGCCGACGCCCCAGGCGGUGCUGCCAGCUGAGCUGACGGAGCUGGCGGCGGCGAGACCGUUCGCCUCGUUGGGGGGUCCUGCUGCCUGGCCCGUGGUCGGCUCGGCCGGAGCCUUCAUCGGCGUGGAUCGGACACGGCUGGACCAGCUGUUCGGGCGCCUUAGGGAACGGUUCGGGGACCUGUACCGACUAAAACAGCCACUGAGAGGCACCGAAACAGUCGUCGCGUUCAGCUCACAGGAUGCAGAAAAGGUAUUCCGCACCGAGGGUAUCUGGCCGAUCCGACCUGGUCUGUAUCCGGUGCGGAUGUAUAAUCAAAUGCAUGGUCUCAACAACGGACUCCUGCCUGGGAACGGCCAGGAGUGGAGCGACCUGCGCGGCACCGUUCAGCAGGCGUUCCUUCGUGCCAACGCGCUUCAGCCGUUCAUGCACCAAUUGGAGACGAGCGCUGCCGACCUGGUGGCUGCGCUGAGCACAGACCGGGACGACCAGCGGCGACUGAGGCGGGACUUCAUGCAGCACGCCCAGCGCACUACUGUAGAUGUCAUUCAGAAGGUGAGCUGCGGCUCUGCGGCGUUCCGCGACCCCGACGAGCGAUCUCUGCUGCUGCACAACAUCGGCAACUUCUUCAGUCUGACGGCCGACCUGGAGAUGCACAUCAACACCUGGCGCUACGUCGCCACGCCGCAGUGGAAGCGGCUGACGCACGCGCUCGACUACUUCAACUUGAUGGCAGACAAGUGGAUCACGACGGCACUGAGUCAGGACACCGCUUCUGAGCCGAACAUGCUGGCGAUGCUGCUGGAGAAGGGGCUGACCCGGCCCCAGCUGAAGGCGCUGGUGGUCGACUUCUUCAUCGGAGGCGUGGAUACGACCAGCAUGUCCCUGACGUGUCUCAUCUACCACUUGGCCACGAACCCCGAGUGUCAGGAGCGCGCCUAUCAGGAGAUUCUACAGUCGGCACCCCCUCCUGGAGAACUGAUCGCUAAGGAGCACACCGGACGACUUAACUACAUGCGCGCCUGCGUCAAAGAAAAUCUCCGGAUGAACGCCCCCAUCCUCGGCAUUGCGCGGAAGCUGGGCAAGGACAUCGUGCUCGGAGAUCAUCGCAUUCCAAAAGGCAAGGUAGUGUUCAUGGUGAACAGCAUGACGUCACGGAGCGGCAGUGAGUUCUGCGAGUCGAGUCGCUUCCUCCCGGAGCGGUGGCUGCGCUGUCCGGCGGCAGAGGGCGCCCCCGCCCCUGCCGCCACUACCAGUGCCCCAUCGCCGUUCGCCAGCCUGCCGUUCUCCCACGGGCCUCGAAUGUGCAUCGGACGGCGGCUCUCUGAACAUGAGCUUCUCGUCUUCGCCACCAGGAUUCUGCAGCGGUUCCGCGUCGAGUACAGCGGCCGACCGCUGCGGCUCAAGAUGCAGCUCAACUGUAAACCGGACGCACCCAUUCAGUUCACAUUUGUGGAGAGAGAAGCGGAGCAGGCCGUCAGACAGCAGGAGAGAGCAGCAGCUACCGCCUGAGGGGAGGAGGACAGAGGAGCUACCAAUCAAAGGACUGACUGACGGAGAAGAUACCAACCGAAGGACUGACUGACAGAGAAAAUACCGCCUGAGGCCUUGAUGAAUGUUGAAGGAGCGGAGUACAGUUUCAGACUUUGAUGGAGGGACCCAAAGGCCCCUGGCGAAGGACACACCCUAUGAUAAUGCAGCGUAAAGGGCUACAUCCAUUGCUCUCUUGAUCAAAGUCGAAUAUUGAGUUAUACAUGAUUGUAAGCGGACUGCAUCGUAGCAGAAGUUGUUUUGUGCUUCAAUGAGCCGAUCAGUGUGCGUCCAUUUGCUUGUAUGAUGUGUCGCACUUCUUCGCGGAAUAAACUAAGAUAGCUUCUAACCACACAUCGCUACUUUGGACAGAUUUGUUUAGUUCAAAAUACCCUGCGUCUAUCAGAAUAUUCAUCAAAAGAUCAGAAUAGUUUGAUAGAACGUGAAUGCGUUUUACUACUUUCGUUUGCCCUAGGGUUGCAUGAUGCAUCCUCGGUGUUCAUUCGAAGUGAACCUUCCAAUUUUACAAGUUUGUAUGCCUGAACUGUAUCGUGCUUUAGACAGCAAAAGUGGUAGAACAAAUGAUGUGCAGGGUACUGCUGGCCCUGCCAAUUCUAGUUACCAAGUUUACUAUGUGGGAGCAUUACAUACGAGCAGAACGGUCGCUCUCACUUAUUUGCUUCGUGUAUUAUUUUGAGUGCUACUGCUAUUUGCGGUCUGCAAGUCAGUGUGCGUUUGCAGGUAGGCAUAUUUAGCUACGCUUCUGGUAGGUAUGCCACGCUGUUUUAGCUCAUUGGUUCUGCUUUGCAGGGUCGCAGUUUUACCAACUCCCCUUCGUCACACGAAUGUCUGCCGUCGCGUGCUCGCUUGGGAACGACUCGCAGGCAACUUCUGCCUGAUACUAUUGUAUGUUUAAGACGCUCCGGUCAGCUGGUCUGUUAUACCCGAGCUCGAGAGCGCGCGUCCCGUUUGGACCAGUUUUUAUACAGCUGAAUACAUUAUUUUAUGAAUAA